CCCACACCAUAUUUGACCCAAAAUCCUGUUUGGACUUUGAGUUAUUCACUUAACUAUCCAUACAAUUGACCCAUAUUCCUAUACUAUAAAAUGUUUCUUGUGCACAAAAAUGUUGCAUAAACUAUAGAAAUGCAAAGAAAAAAUCAACCAAAAAUGGGGAAAAGUAGAUUUGGUAUAUUAUUAGGAAGAAAAUCAUCAAAAUUUGUGUGUUAUUUAAAGCAUGCAAUUACAAGAAAUUCAUAUUUAAAGAAUAGGCAACAAGCUCUUUACUCAUGCUCAAUUUCAGAUGUUGUUCAACUCCUUCACCUUGGUCAUCAACAUCAUGCUCUUCUUCGAGUAAUUCUUCUACUUAUACUUUUCGUAUCCAUUCUCGAAAUAACACAAUUUUAUAGUUCUAUCGUUUUGAAGAUUCAGGGUGAAUUGAGGAUACUGGUACAGGGUGGAUCAAACACUCAUCUCAACAUUUAUAUUCUUGAUCUUAUGUUGAUUGAACAGGUUGAGCAUGUAAUAGAGAGCAAGAACAUGUUGGAUGUAUUUGAUAUGAUAGACUCUUAUUGUAAUUUUCUUGCACAAAAUGUAUCAUCGAUCCAAAAAAGCAAAGAAUGUCCAGAGGAAUAUAAGGAAGCCAUAGGGAGCUUGAUUUUUGCAUCAUCAAGAAUUGGAGACUUUCCAGAAUUACAACAUAUUCGAAAUUAUUUUACAUCCAAAUUUGGGCAGGAGUUCAUAAUUCAAGCACUUGAGUCUCCUACAUGUUUUGGAGUUAAUGAUAAGAUUAUACAGAAGUUAUCAAGAAGCAGACCAAGUUUGGAAACAAAAUUUAACUUUGUCAAAGAAAUUGCACCCAAGAAUGAAAUUAGGGUUAAUUGGCAUCAACAUGCAGAUAUUCAACAACACUAAAUAACUCCAAAUUUGGAAAGCAUGAGAUGCUGCUUCAGGAUGCUAAGCAACCAACUUGAAUGCAAUGAUUUUCAAACAAGAAUGUGAAUUACUGAAAGGAAUCUUAUCAGCAGCUAGUUGAGGGAGACACGGGUGAAUCUAGAAUACACGUAUAGGCCAUAUGGGGGCCAAAGUUUACAUCUGCAUGUAUGCUGAACCAAUUCGCUACUAUUUUUCGAUGUAUAUUCAAUAUUACUUAUUUGAUUUUUAGUCAAAUGACCCUGGUCAUGGCCUACACAUGCUCGUGUCUGACCCCUUGGAGGGUGAGAGGGGCUUACCGGACUGAUAAGACCGAAACAAGUCAUCCUUCGGCCACUUGACGAUAAAACAAGUCACAUAGAGUUGUCAUUGAACAUUCAACAAAAGUAUAGGUAGCACAAAACUAAUGGGUUGCACAAAAUGUUGUAAUGACUAAAGAGACAGUCUCAGUAGUUUCUUAUUAUUAGAGUUUUUUAUGGACAAUUCCGGAAGCUUAAUAGUGAUUACUAAAGGAUUUCUUGCAACAAAGAAAGAAAAGGUCUUGUAACCUAACACAAGUACAAUAGCCUGCAGGUUUUGUUGUGUGAAUUGAACCAUGGAAAAUAAAUACAUGAAUUCGAAGCAAAAUCAGGUCGAUUGCAAGACGGCAGACCAUACCCUUAUAU